AUGUGGAACCACUUCACCAUAGUGGAAGGUGAUGAGAAAAAAGCUAAAUGUCAAUACUGUGGAGUCUUAAUUAAGUAUAGUAAUGGAACAAGUACUAUGCGGACACAUCUAGGUAGAUGUACUGUUUACGAUAAUGAUAAAACCCAACCAAACAAAAGGAGAAAAACCACUUCAGACGGGAAAGUAGUUUGUUCGCCAAGCUAUUCUAAAUUCGAUCAAGAGGAUUGUCGAGCGCUACUUGUGAAAACAUUUGUGUGUGCUGAGCUUCCAUUUUGUUUUGUGGAGAAUGAAAUGUUUAGAAAGCUAUUAAUCACCUUGCAACCUCGGUUUUCUAUCCCAUCAUGGUCUACAUUGAGGCGUGAUAUUUGGGCGCUCUACCUUGAAGAAAAGGAGAAAUUGAAAAAAUUAUUGCCAAAUUGUGGAAGAGUUUAUUUGGCCACCGACAGUUGGACUUCAACUCAAAACUUAAGUUACAUGAGUUUGACCGUGCAUUUUGUAGACAGUGAGUGGAAUAUGCAUAAGAAAAUCAUCAACUUUUGUCAAAUCACGGGGCACUCGGGUCACAUGAUUGGGAAAUAUAUUGAUGAUUACUUAAGAAGUUGGGGGUUGAGUCAAGUUUUGACCAUAACGGUUGACAAUGCAUUAGCAAACACCUGUAUGAUUAACUAUCUAAGCAUAAGGAUGGGGUCUUGGAAUAAUCUUGUUUUGAAUGGGGAAUUUGUCCACAUGCGUUGUUGUACGAAUAUUUUGAAUUUAAUUGUAAAAUCGGGAUUGAAGGAGGAUAAAAGUUGCAUAAAGAAAAUCUGUCAUGCAGUUAAAUAUGUCAAAUCUUCUCCUAGCAGACUAGCCAAAUUUAUGGAAUAUGCAGUGAAGGAAAAAGUUACAUACAAAGGUGUUGUUAUCCUUGAUGUUGAAACCAGAUGGAAUUCAACUUAUUUAAUGUUGAAGGCUGCCUUACAGUAUCAAAAAUCUUUUGACUUUGCUUCCCUUGCUUGA